AUGGAUCAUUUAUCGCAAUCCGUGACUCUAGCCGUAGGGUAUUAUGACCCAUUUCAAGUUUUCAGUGCCAUUUUAGGCGAAAAGUUCAAAAAGCAAACGAAUUUGAACAGUCUCUAUUGGAAAUAUAAACCUGCAGAUUCAAUUAGAACAAUUAAAAAUGUUCAGCUAAGAUAUGUUGAAGACGAUUUGGCAAAUAAAGUCACAAAUAUAAAUGAAGAGGAUGUUUUUAUGAAGUUCAUCUUCGUAACCACCACGAGUGUGGAUGAGUAUAGGUCUAAGGUAAGACCAAUAAUUAGACAAUGGCUAAACAAUGUGAAGUCCAUGAAUCCAAGGGUGACUUAUUGUAUUAUCCUUUAUGAAAACAUAUCUCUUCGUUCUGCUGCUGACAAGUUUUUAAAAACAAGUAUUUUGACUAAAAUACGAAAUGAUUUCGCUGAUCCUGAGAUGACGCUACAAAAUUCUUUCAAGAUCAAGUCGAGCUACAGUGAUUCUGAUGCGGAAUGUGAAAUUUGGAAUGGUUUGGUUAGCAUGAUCAAACUUGGGAUAAUGGAAUCUAUAUCCGCAAAAAUGGAUUAUUUUCACACUUUAAGACCAAAGUUAUUAGGAGUUAGAAAAAGUGCAGAUUUAUUUUUAAAAAUUGGACAGUUUGUGGAUUCUGCUGAAUUUUAUAGUCGGAUUCUACAAUCUGUUGGUAAUAUCAACAAGGAGGAUGGCUUUGAAAGAGUUGAUUUCCAGGAUUUACCUCUCCGCUCCAUGAUAUCGAAUGUUCGAUCAUCUACAUAUAUGACUACAAAGUACGAGAUCAAAGCGUACGCUUAUGAAAGGUUAUCACAGAUAUUAAUGAACGAUUCGGUAAAGACUAUUGGUCUAUAUAUGAGAAAUUCUUUAAAAUUGGCAGAUUUCCUACUUAGUUUUUUGAACUCUAUUUAUGACUGCAACAAGAAGAGCGAAUUUUGUAUUCUUCUGAUUGAGGACUUUUUCAGCGACAAAAAGCUUAGAUUCAUUCUUGAUAAGAACGAGGAAGUCCCAAAUCAGCUCUAUGAGGUACUCGGAGACCUAAAAUUUCUUGAAAAAGAUGAAUUAACUAAUCUAGGAAAUUCAAAAAAUUACAAGAUGAAAGGAUGUUUAUCUGAUAUUUCAUUUACUUCUAGCAGCGGUGAAAGUAUGCAUCCUUAUAAAGUCAUAAGCAUGAAAAUUGAGAAAUUUAUAAAGACAGAGAAGCUGUUCAAACAGCAUGUUGUUGAAAUCACAGAAGAAUGUAUCAAGUUGUAUUCGCAGUCUCCUUAUAAGCAGAAUACUGUUGAUACAUUGUCAACAGAAGUUGCGCUGAUGUUAUACUAUAGCAUGAAUGAUUAUGAAACUUCCGUGGAAGUUAUUAGUAACUCGUUUCAAUUUUACAAAUCAUCCGGAUGGAAUUCUGUUUCUUUGGCGUUACUCAAAGUUUACGUCGACAAUUUGAGCAAACUUAGAAAGAAGGCGGAUCAUUCUAUUGUCGCUGAUUUGCUUGUUUCCUAUCUAGAAAUGAUUUCAAUGAAUCAGGAGAAUAUGUUGGAUCAAUUCAGAAAUCUUGUCAGUGAUAUAUCUGAACCUCUGAUUAUAGAAAAUGAUAAUAUUAUUGACAUUAGCAUUAAUCCAGAAAUAGAAUGCGUGUCACCAGACAUAUAUGCCAUUUCUGUGCAUUUCGAUAGUAAGUUAUCUGAUAUAAAGGCAGAUAGUAUUGUUCUUUCAUUAACUUCGCAAGACGAUGCUCCGUGUCAAAAUGAAGAUCAUUAUUUAAGUUCACUUGAGUUUUCGACUACAGAUUUUAUGUUAAAAACAAAAUUCUCAUGUAUCUUGAAAUCGAAAAAGAUCAUAGUUGGAGAAUAUUUCGCCACGAAGAUGACAAUUCAUAUUGGAAAGUUAUGUUUGGUAAAGCAUAUCUUUAAAUCUGUUAAAAUGUUCCAAAUUAAUUCACUCAUCAAAAGCGAUCGCAUCCUUUCCAAUACUAUGAUUGACAUUAGUGUUCCAAAAACAAGAUAUCUGAACAAUGAUCAAGUAUUACUUGUUGUACAUGUUGGAGAUAAUCCAUUCAAUAAAUUUGAAUUCAUUUUAAACCAGUUUGAUGAGAGUCGAUUGAUAUCACAUGCCGAUUAUCUCUUAUCAGUAAUUCAGUUCAAAGAUAAUUCCAGAAUUAGACUGAAUCUUGAAUUUGACAUCGAGAAUUUAGGAGGUGCGUUGGCAUUCAAAUAUUCCGGUGAUAAAAUUAUGAACAAGGGCGAUGAAAUUCUCUUGUAUAUCCCAUACAUGUUUCCUCCUGAUGUGUCGAACACAAAGGUAUUUGUGGGAUGUAACUUCAUUUUUGGAGAUGGUUAUUCUAAAUAUUGCAGCAAAUCCCUUGAAACUUCUCUUUCGAUUGCAGUUUCUGUCCAAGAUAUUUUUAAAUCAUCAAAUCUAUUUUCUAAUUAUACCAUAAAUUCAGUCAUGGUUGACAAUCCAGUUAGGGUGCAAAGGGUGAGUCUCGAUUCUCCGAAAAAUGACUACCAAACAAAGAUUGAUACAUGGCACUCUCCAAAGAAUGUUAUUGCAUAUAUCGAUCAGGGAUCCACUUUUUUUUAUCGUUUAACAAAUUUAAAGGAUGAAUCUUUAAAUUUAUCGAUUGAAUACAAUGAUCUACAUUCUGAAAUUGUUGAAAUUUUCAAGAGUCUCUAUUACGAAAAACUUGAAGCAUCGAAGCCCUAUCUCCUUAGGUAUUUCAAUGUUUUAAGUGAAGAAAUUUUUGAUAAAUUGGAUUUUAAGCAUAAUUUAUAUGGACUGACAGGGAGAGUUGAAUUGGUGAAUUAUGAUCUUUCUAAAUUUUCGAAAGUGUUCAAGUUAAUAAAUACUACGGAUCUUUCCGUAAUCAUACAAUCCAUCGCUGAGUUGGUACAUGAUUUAAACUCCCAAACUUUUAAAGUUAAUGAUGAGAUUCUAGCGGAUAUUCAGCACAGACUUAUAAUCAGUGUUCCGUUACCCGUUAUCAAUAUUAUCAAUAUUGUUGAGCUUGACUUCCAGAAAAAGCUUCAAUACCUGGUUUGCCAACCAAUCGAGGUUACUCUUCGACUUCGCGUUAUUGUCCUUCAGAAACCUAAUAAUAGCGAGAAAAAGGUAAGGUUCCAGGCAUCUUCAACGCCAAAAAAGAUUAAAUUGCAGCUCAAUUUUGCUGAGCAUGAACAGUUGUGGCUUAUUGCCGGUGAACAGAAUUUCACGAAGGAGAUCUCCCUUGAUAUCGCUCAUAAACCAAAAAAUGUUUUAGAGACUGAACUUACUUUAAUUCCUUUGCAAAUUGGAAGAUUAGAAUUGCCACGAAUUGAAGUUCAUAACCUAACAAACUUCAACAUUGAAAUGGAGCUUGAUUACAAGAACAGUUCCGAAACUGUUCUUGUUGUUUCGGAGCUCAACAAGGUUGUGCAUACAUUUUAG